AUGGCCAGGUUUGCAUCUGGAUCGGUGGUUGCUUCUUGUGGUUCUAGCGCUGUUCUGAGUACUUGUGUUUACCGAAGAUCGUCAGGCAGCCAUCAACCAGGCCAAGACUUUGUACCUUUACUGGUUGAUUUCAAACAAAGUGCGGCAGCAGUAGGCAAGAUUCCGACAAAUUAUUUGCGUCGUGAACUCGGUCAGACGGAUGCGGAUAUUCUUGCAUCUCGAGUUAUCGACCGAUCUCUUCGUCCACUAUUUCCAGCUGGCUGGGUGAAUGAGACACAGAUAGUGGUGAAGCCUCUGGCCGUUGAAGACGAAGGCGACGUUGUGUUGCUGGGUUUAAAUGCGGCUGCUUCUUCUCUUCACUUGUCCGCUGUACCUUGGCUCGGCCCUGUUGCUGCUGUUCGUGUGGCACUCAUUGAUGAUAAGCUUGUCAUCAACCCGAGCAGGUCAGAAAUGAAGAGUUCAUCAAUGGACUUACUGAUAGCAGGUUGUGAUGAUCGGCGGACCGUAAUGAUUGAAAUGGAUGGGAAUGAAGUUGCUUCUGAGCAGCUAGAAACAGCUAUGGAUGAAGGCCUAUCUGCUGUUAAUAAGCUUUUGUGUGCUAUGAAUGAUCUGCGUACUAUGGCUGGGAAGGAGAAAGCUGAGUUCACCCCUUCCACGUUUCCGCCCGAGAUUGAGCGUGAGGUGCGAGCCCUGUGCGAUGAACGUUUAUACUACAUUUUUACGGAUCCAUCGCAUGACAAAAUUUCUCGUGACGAAGCUGUCAACGAGGUUGGAGCAGAUGUAGUGAACUCUUUGAGCAACGAAGAUCCUUCAUUGGUUCAGGCGAUUUUUCGAGAUGUCACCAAGAAAGCACUGCGAAUGUUGAUUCUCGAAAACAAUAUGCGAUGUGACGGUCGUAAUCUGACUGAAGUGCGACCUAUAACCAUCACUGUUGAUCUCUACAAGCGAUUACAUGGUUCAUCACUGUUUCAGAGGGGUCAAACUCAGGUGAUGUCUACGGUUACUUUCGACAGUCCAGCAGCUGCGUUUCAUUCGGACUCAAUAUCGCAGAUUCUUGGUGGACAACGAAAGAAGAUGUUCAUGCUUCACUACGAGUUUCCUAGCUAUGCAACAAACGAAAUCGCUACUUUUCGAGGGUCUAAUAGAAGAGAGCUGGGACACGGGGCAUUAGCUGAAAAGGCGCUCAAACAUGUGGUCCCUAAGGACUUUCCAUACAGUAUACGUCUCGCAUGUCAGGCAGAAUCUAACGGGUCUUCAUCGAUGGCGUCCGUCUGCGGUGGAAGUCUUGCCUUAUUAGACGCCGGUGUACCUCUCUCGGCUCCAGUGGCUGGGGUGGCUGUAGGAUUAAUUACAGAUAAAGAAACGGAGAAGCCUCACAAAGUGUUGACUGAUAUCUUGGGUAUUGAGGACUACGCUGGUGAUAUGGAUUUUAAAAUCGCUGGUAGUUCAUCGAGAGGAUUCACAGCAAUGCAGCUAGAUGUCAAAGUUCCGGGUUUGACGAGACAGCAACUCAGCGAAGCUCUCGUGAGCGCCAGAGGAGGAAUCGACCAUGUACUCGACAAGAUGACAGUUAUGCGGGAUAGGCCACGAGCAGAGUUCAAACCUACGGUACCGGUCCUUGAAUCUAUGCGAUUAGAUGCGUACAAAAGACAGGCUCUGUUCCGCGCUGGUGGAAUGCAUGCGAAAACAGUUGAAGCUGAGACUGGUGUCAAGAUCACUCACGAAGACGAUGCUCACAUCAGUUUAUUCGCUCCCAACAAACAACGUCUUGAAGAUGCCAAAGCACUUAUUGCAGAGUUGCUUUCCGAGACUGACGAAGUAACGUUCGCCUUUGGACAAAUGGUUUCUGCUGAGGUAGUUGAACUGCAAGAACGAGGUGCUCUGUUACAACUACCCGGUGUGGGUCGACCUGUCUUUGUACCUAACUCUCAACUACAUGCGCUACCUAUUCGACAUUCAUCUGCUAGCGGGCUUCAGUGGCUAGGACGUGACGCCGGUACGGGUCAAAUUCGGCUGUCGCGAAAAACCGUGACAUCAGUGUCAUUACCUACCAAAUCUCCUCGAAAG